AUGGACAAACUUGUGAAACAACUUAACUUGGAAUUUGCUCUUAAAGACCUAAGAGAACUUCACUACUUCUUGGGUAUUGAAGUGCACCAAACUCAUACAGGAAUCAUGCUAAGUCAAGAGAAACAUGCCAAGGAGACUCUCACCAAGACCAAAAUAUUAGAGGCAUCCCAACAUAGUACUCCAAUGGCCACCUCCACUUCUGCAACUCCAAGUGACAAUGAUCUAGUAGAUGCUACUGAGUAUAGAAGCAUUGUUGGCUCUUUUCAAUACCUCACUCUCACCCGACCUGACAUCACAUUUGCUAUUAUGGUAUCUCUUUCUAUAAACAUAUAUAGUUCUCCAAACUUGUAUGCUUUUUGUGAUGCAGAUUGGGGAGGAUGUUUGGACACUAGGAGAAGCAUGACAGGCUUUUGCAUAUUUCUUGGGUUAAACUGCAUCUCACGGGCCUCAAAGAAACAACCUACAGUAGUCAAAUCUAGCUUAGAAGCAGAAUAUCGUGCCAUGGCUAUAACAAUUGCAUAA